AUGAUAUCACAAUUACAACAACAAUUACAACAUCAAUCUAGACAUUAUACAUUUGAUAAUUCAGUGAAUAAUACAAAUCUUUCACAAUAUUGUUUAAAUUUACCUGAAUUGAAUUGUAUACAUAAUAUAUCUGAAUAUGAUCAAAAUAUUACUGAUAAUCAUCAACAAGAAAAAUUGAAUACUAUUAAUGACAAUGUUAAUACUAACGGUAAUGGAGAUAUUAAACUUAAAAUUUGCACUACAAUUAUUUCGAAUAGUACUACUACUACUACUAUUACUACUACUAGUACCACUACAGUUGGUGAGAUUGUUAACUCUACUGAAGAUAUUAAACAAGAUUCUAGCAUUAUUAAUCAUUGUUUGCCUAGGAAAAAUAAAUUGGAUAAUCAACUCAAUGAUUAUAAUAAUUCAAUAUCUCUUCAUUCAAGUCUUCCGAAUAGAGUUUGUUAUUCACCGACUACUACUACUACUACCACUACUACUACUACUACUACUACUACUACGACGACGACUAUAUGUGAUAAAAAUAAUAUCGAAUUCAAUGAAGAAAUAUGUUAUAUUACAAAAUAUCCUCGACUUCAUAAUACUUUAUCAGAAUUUAAUAAGCAUAACAAUAAUAGUAGUACAACUGAUGAUAAUAAUAAUCAGAAUAUUUUAGAACAAACAGGUAAUCAAAUAGAAUUUUAUGAAUUUCAAAGAAAUGUCAAACAACUUAUUGAUUAUGGAUUAAAUAAUCAUUUAAAGAAUGAAUCCAUUUCAAUGGAUUAUUUACAACAAAAACAACAAUCUACAUCACCAUUAUCAUCAUUAUUGUUAUCAUCAUCAUCUUCAUCAUCAUCAUCAUGUACAUCAUCUUUAAAUAACCAUAUCAACAAAGAGCAUAUUCUUUCAUCUUUGAAAAAGAAUGAAAAUAACAAUAAUAAUAAUAAUAAUAAUAAUAAUAAUAAUAAUAAUAGUAAUAAUAUAAAUGAACUGUAUCGAAGAAAAAAUAAUUCCAUGUUGGAUUCAUUAAAUUUUAAAUUAGAUAAAACAAUAGAAAAAAUAGAUGUUUUAAAUCAUUUACAAAAAUUUAGUAAGUUAAUAAGUUCACUCUUAGUAAUGAAAUGA